AUGGUUUCGCAACUCUCCUUUCUGUCCGUCUUCACAAUCUUCACAUUCCUUAUUGCUCCCACAAUCGCCCAGCAAUGUUAUGGUCUGGAUGGAUCCACACUCGACAGCUCAUACGCACCAUGCAAUCCAAAUGCGAAGCACAGCGGCUGCUGCGCGACCAAACGAACAAACGGAUCACCUGACAUCUGCCUGGACAACGGACUAUGCAUGGCCACCAACAACGAGCAGCUGGGAAUGAUUUGGCAGAGCGGGUGUACGGACAAAACCGGACAGGACGUAGCUUGUCCCAAGAUGUGCCCUGAUGCCACUACCGACUUCAACGGAUCAAAUCCUGUUGUAGCAUGGCAGGUCCAGACUUGCGACUAUGGCAGAUAUUGCUGCCGUGCUGCCGGGGACCGACGAAGCUGCUGCGGCAACUCAAGUGCACCGGAGAUAAUCACCGACUCUGUUGGCUCGCUCCUGCUCGAGACCACUACCGCAGACACUACCCCCAGCACCAACAAACUACCACAUGCCGCCGCUUCUGCCGUUUCCACCGGCAAACCGUUUGAAAUUACCGCGGUACCAACUGGCGACUCGUGCAAGAAAGAGAGGCAGAAGAUUGCAAUUGUUGGUGGAACCGUUGGCGGUCUCUUCGGCCUGACCGUAUUGGCACUCGUCAGCGCCAUAUACUGGAUGCACAAACGCGAACGGAGACAGCGAAGACUCAAGGAGCACUACGAAACGCAAUUCUCCCAGACCAACGCGUACCGCAAAGCCCUGGCUUCCACCGCCGUCUCCAUGAGAACCAGUACUUCCUUGGAAGAGUUCAGACCCAAGUCCAGCGGUGUUGUGCAGCAGUAA